AAAGUCCUUUUUCGCAAGUAGGCAGCCAAAAUGAGUUCUCACUGCCCGGCUGGGGCUGACAAUGUUAGCACUGCGGUGAAGAAAUGUCCUUUCCUCCACAACAUUGCUCAGACGCACGGAGAGAACUACGCUAGCAGCCUUGCUGGGAAGCCAGCUUGCCCUGUUGGCCACGGUGCCGGUAGUCCUGGGGCGCUUGUACAGGGCCACAGUGAUGCGUUCCAGAGCACUCUCGCUUUGUUCCACGGCAAGCAUGGUGUUCUGCCUCUGCCACACCUUUCCAAGCCAUCACCAGAAGUGCUUUAUCCGGUGGAGCUUCCAGUGGCUGCGGCACAGCAGGAGCCAGCUAUUCCGAAGUGCCCGAUGGCGUCCGGAACGGCUGUGACCGCGGCCUCUCAUUUCAGGGAGCCUUUCUUUGCGGCAGCUCCUUUGGCUUCCAUGUCCAUGUCAUGGGGCAGCAAUUGGUUCAACAUUCAUCACCUCUUCCAGCAGCACCUCCAGCAGCACCGCGCGCAGCAGAAAAAGCCACCCCAGCAGCCCAAACAACAACCAAAUGGGGCGCAUGGAGGGGUCUCAGGGCCCGGGCUGUCCGGCCCGGGCGCCUCAAGCGGUCAUGGACUCUGCGGCCCCUCCGGCAAUGCCGGGCAGUGCCCGCUCCGCAGGGCGCUGGGGCCGUUCGCUGGCGUGGUCUUCAACAAGAACGGACACCUGAUGUGCCCGGAGCCCAUCAUCAAGAUGCGCGCGGCGCUUGCAGCGACAAAGCCUGUGCGGGAUUUGCGCCCCCAGGCUCUGCCCAUCAAGCUUCUGGCGGUUGCAUUCACCACAGCGGCCCUCAACGUGCCAUGCGGCAUGUGGCGCGAGCACACGAAGAAGUUCUCGUCGCAGUGGUUCGUCGCAGUGCACGCGACUAUCCCCUUCAUCGCCAUGCUACGUAAGGCGGUCAUCAUGCCCAAGUACGCCAUCCUCUUCACCAUUUGCGCCGCAAUCGCCGGCCAAACCAUGGGCGCCAAGUACGAGCGCAGGCGCGUGCUGGCGCAGACCAAGGACGAACUUGCCGGUCUGGCACGGGCCAAACCCGUCGCAGUCGCCCUGCCGCGGCCCACAUCCGGACCUGCGUCUUCCUCCUCCUCGGGACGCCAGGCGGCGCCGCUGCCGGUGGCUUCCAUGCUGCUUUCUGCCCAGCCAACCGUUGUGGAGCGGGGUAACGCAGCUGCUUCUGCGGCGGCGGGUACGGCAGCGGCGCCCUCCAGCGGUACGGCAGCGUCCUGGGUGGUGCAGGAGGGCGGGCAGGAGCUGACGUGGAGCUCGUCGUCAGGAGCGACGGGGACGCGGUCCUCACCGUUGCGGGCAGCGCUGCCGAGGCCGCAGCACCUGCACUUCCGCGUGCGUGGUCGGAGUGUGAAGAGGAGCGUGAAGGCGGAGGAAGGGGUCGCGUUGCUUGGGCAGGGGGCGUGCGGUCGGGGCGCGGCUGGCCCGGUUAUCGCGAUGUUGCCGCAAGUGACUUGCUGAUGCGUCUGUGGUGAUCUGGGUUGUUGAGCCGCGGCAGGCCGCGGUUCAAUUCUUUUUGCAGAAUGGCGUUGGGACUGUUGGGAAUGUUUGCUAUUGCUAGCUGGUUGCUUGGUACGCGCUUAGUAUGGCUUUGUUGUUAUGGUAUCUAGCGUAUAUUUGGUCUUGUGUUUACUCGUUAAUUGCGCUUGCUCUUGGGUAAAGCUAGCUUGGUACUUACGCCCCAAAGCCGCGAAGGCGAUUGUUGUGCCUUUGUGUAAGGUAAGGGCUUCAACGCAGCGUUGGUUCGCAGCAAAGGCUGAUGUGGACUGUUUGCUGCUUUGCUCCAAUUCUUAUCUCCUGGCAGGUUUGUUCUCGACUUGAGCACGAAUUUCUGCUUACUUGCUUUGCAGUCCUAGUGAGAGGACUGCAUGCGCCUAGCUUUAUCGGUCUGUAAUUCGCGGCACUGGAACGAGUGUGUCUACUCGAGUGUCGAGGAAACUAUAAGCACGCCGUGCGUGCAUGGCUGAUCGCCUGUAACACAACAGACAAAGAAAUGUACCUAC